AUGUCAAUCCAGAAUCUCAACGUAUUCGACCCGUUUGCUGAUGCAAUCAAGGGUGCAGACGAUGACGUUCAAGACGGGCUUGUUCACAUAAGAAUUCAACAGCGUAAUGGUCGUAAAACAUUAACAACGGUUCAAGGUCUAUCUUCAGAAUAUGAUUUAAAAAAGAUUGUACGCGCCUGCAAAAAGGAGUUUGCUUGCAACGGUACAGUAGUUGAACAUCCUGAAUACGGUGAAGUGUUACAAUUACAAGGGGACCAGCGAGAAAACAUUUGCCAAUGGUUAACUAAAUGUGGUCUUGCCAAGUCUGAUCAACUCAAGGUCCACGGUUUCUAA